GUGAAAUACAAAAACCUGGGCCUGGCGGUGGUAGAUGAACAGCACCGUUUUGGCGUAGCCCAGCGCGCCAAGCUGUGGAAAAAAAACACGCUGCCGCCCCACAUUCUGGUAAUGACGGCCACGCCCAUUCCCCGUACCCUGGCCAUGAGCGUGUAUGGCAACCUCGAUCUUUCGGUUAUUGACGAACUGCCGCCCGGCAGAAAACCCAUAAAAACCGUACACCGCUACGACAGCAACCGCCUGCAGGUUUUCGGUUUUAUGAAGGAGGAAAUUGAAAAGGGCCGGCAGUGCUAUGUGGUGUAUCCGCUCAUUGAAGAGUCGGAAAAAAUGGACUACAAAGAUUUGAUGGACGGCUACGAAAGCAUUGUGCGCACUUUUGAAAAACCCAAGUACCAGGUAAGCAUCGUGCACGGCAAAAUGAAGCCGGAAGACAAGGAAAUUGAAAUGCAGCGCUUUGUAAAAGGCGAAACGCAAAUUAUGGUGGCCACCACCGUAAUUGAAGUAGGCGUAAACGUGCCCAAUGCUUCGGUAAUGGUUAUUGAAAGUGCCGAGCGCUUUGGUCUCAGUCAGUUGCACCAAUUGCGCGGCCGCGUGGGGCGUGGUGCCGAAAAAAGUUACUGCAUUCUCAUGAGCAGCCACAAACUGAGCAACGAUGCCAAAACCCGGCUCAAGACCAUGGUGCGCACCCAGGAUGGUUUUGAAAUUGCCGAAGUAGACAUGAAACUCCGCGGCCCGGGCGAUAUGAUGGGAACACGGCAAAGUGGCGUGCUCAAUCUCCAGCUUGCCGAUCUCACCAAAGAUGAACAUAUUUUGAAGCAAAGCCUGCUCUACACCUUUGCCUACCGCGAUUACCGCGCGCGUUACGCCCAAACCAUGGUGGGAUUUGGCUGGGCCAUUUUGCAGCCCAUUAUCAGCCUGUUGGUGCUUUUCGUGCUUUUUCAACGCGUACUGCAAACCAACACCCAAAGCAUCAGUUUUUUCCCCUACGCCCUCAGCGGCCUCAUUUUCUGGACCUAUUUCAACUUUGUGGUGGGCCAGGCGGCCAGCAGCCUCAUCAACGCCCAGCGCAUGUUGCAAAAAAUUUACUUCCCCCGCCCCAUUCUGCCGCUCAGCAAGGGUUUGGUGGAUUUGGUAGAAGCGGCCUGGUUUCAGGCCCUCGGGCUUGCUGCUUUGGCCAUUUUUGCUGGCGGCCGUGAUGUGCGCAGCCUGGGGGCUGGGGCUUUGGUUUAG